AUGUUCUUAAACAGAAUUUCUUAUAAACGAAAUGACAUUGGACAUGUCGAAGCCUGGCAUUUUCCGAAACUGAAAGGAUUAAAUUCGAAAAGCUUUCCCGUCUGUCGUUGUCGAAUGGUUCUGGUUUUUAUGAAUGAGGGUAAUGGAGGAGCCCAUCAACAGCAUAAGCAAAAUUAUUUUGUCGUAGAUAUAAAAUAUAUACUCAGACAACGUUCCAAACAAUACUGA